AUAGAUGAUGUGUUAUGAUCUAACUGCACUUUUUUUUUAUUACUGAUGACCUUUAUUAGCUAAUAAAACUUAUAUAAGUGCAGGAUUCAGUCAGCUGAAGCUCAGGAGAUCAGACAGAUCAGAUCUGCUGAAGAUGGAGUUCAGUAUAGAUCUGACGUGGGACAGCAAACCGGUAGAUCAUGAUCCAGUAAAGAUUAGGUUCUCUCCCGGAGAUGGAGGACUGAAAAUGGAAGUGUGUGCUCCAUUUUUUAAUGAUCCACCAGCUCCACUUGGUCCUCCGGGUCAGCCCUUCCCUGGACUCUGGGACUAUGAAGUGGUUGAGUCGUUCUUUUUGAACAGUAGCAGUGAGCAAUAUCUUGAGGUCGAAGUAUGUCCACAUGGACAGCACCUGAUUUUACUACUCAACGGUAAACACAACGCUUUUAUGCAACAGCUUCCCCUAUUGUUCAGCGCUCAGAUAGACAAAGGUAGGUGGAAGGGGGAGGCACUACUGCCCUGGAGAUACUUUCCUCCGGGGGUGGAUAAGAUGAACUCGUAUGCUAUUCAUGGAUCAGGAGCUCAGCGGAGUUACGAGUCCCUCUACGCCGUACCGGCCACUGAUAUACAGCCCGGCCAGGGACCAGACUUUCACCGGUUGGAAUAUUUCCAGCCGUUCAGCCUGCAGAGCAUCAUGGGAGCAGAGUGGGUCCAACCCGAAUCUGAUCUGUGGAAGGAUGUAAAAAAGUGAUAAGAGUCCACUAAAAGCUGAUUACUUCUGUUUACGCUCCUGUUGGACUUUAUGGAGGGGUUUUAUUACACACAGUAUAUCAUUAAUAUGAUCAGAAUCUAAUCUCAUUCAGGGGUAAUCAGUAAGUUCAGUCUGAUAUAAAAUCUUCUGAUACUAAUAAUCAUCAUGGAGCAGAUAGUAAUUGUGUUUUAGGAUUAAUAAAUAUAUAAACUAAUAAAAUGAUCAGUGAAAUCAGUCAUGUGUUGUCUUGGUUUGGCAACAGUAGCUUAGAAACAACAAGAUGAUUACAGUUGGGUUUCAAUUGCAGAACUUCCUGUUCUUUCUAGAUAAUCCCCAUAGCCUGGUCUGAAUAUUAAAACACGUCUGCAGAGCAUCAGUAUAAUCCAGCAAAGCUGAGGAGCAAUAAGAAAAUCAUUCUUUCAUGCUUUGCGGUAGAAGAAUGUCGAUGGUGAAGCAUUCUGAUGUGUUUUAUUUGAAAUAUUAGUUGAUAAAUGUAAUCUCUGUGCUUUCUACUUUCAGACUUGUAUGUAAGUAUGAGAGCAUUUUAACCAGACAUGUUUAGUGCAGAAAUGGUGCCAUGAUUGGAAAUUGAGAAACUGCAAGACCUGCAAAUAUUGUGAAGACUGAUUGAAUUUGUAUGAGUAUGCAAAAUCGACUUUCUGAAGGAACCUAAUCAGCAAAUUGUUAAACACCCAGAACCGGACAAGCUUUUGACAGGAACAUCAUGUUUUACAAAACAAAGCAUUUUAAAAAUGACAAAUCAGGACUUGGUGCAAACAAAAUGAUGUCUGAUUAUGUCGGAUUAAUAAACAUUUAAAUAAUAAAAUUUUUUGCUGUCACAUUUCAA